AAACGGCGAUCGAACAUGUUGCCAGCAAAUCGAGAUUUGCAAUUGAAAUUGACUUCGCCUUCGGAUCAGUUGAACACCGGAGGCUGGGGUUGUCGCAAUAUAAAGCGCGGCAACAUGUAUCUAUUGGUCACCGUCAUCCUUGUCGUGCUGCACAUUCUGCUGCUGCCCCUCUAUCUGUAUCUCACCUGGCAUCACAAGUACUGGCGUCGCCGUGGCCUCAUCACAGCCCAGCCCCUGACUCUGCUGGGCACCUAUCCGGGUCUCUUGACACGCAAGAGCAAUCUUGUCAUGGAUGUGCAGCGGGUCUACAACAAAUACAAAGAUAAACAUCGUGCUGUGGGCGUUUUUGUGACACGGCAGCCGCAAAUCCUUGUUUUGGAUCCACAACUGGCUCACGAAGUGUUGGUGCAGAAUUUCCGUUGUUACAAGGAUUCAUUGACCAGUUCCUAUGUGCAGCACGCCAAGCGGGAUAAAUAUGUACAGGGCAAUCCGUUUUGGGCAGCGGGUGACACUUGGCGUCGCUUGCGCACCGAGGCUCAGGGCGGAUUAUCUGCGAGUCGCCUCAAGCAGGGCUAUGCCAUUUGGCAACAGAGUGGCAAGAAGCUAACCGAUUAUAUGACGCAGCUUCUCGCCAAGCAGGGCAAUGUGCUGGAGACGAGAGAUCUCUGUUUCCGUUAUACCGCCAAUGUAAUGUGUGAUUUCAUUUGGGGCAUUGAUGCUGGCACAUUGACCCCCAACAUGGGCCAACCAAAUAAGAUGCAGCAAAUGGCCACGAAAUAUACGAGCAACACAUUCUAUAUGAUAUCCAUAUUUAUGGCAUCGAUUGUUGCGCCCAUCAUUCGUCUGCUGCUGCGCCUGCGCUUCUAUCCCAAGGACACCGAUGACUUCUUCUCCCAUCUGACCAAGGAGGCCAUCGCACUGCGUCUCAAGACGGCCAAUGAGAUCCAGCGCACAGAUUAUCUAUCACAUCUGUUGAAGCUGCGCAACGAGAAAAAUGCCACACAUGAUGAUCUGGUGGGACACGCUCUGACCGUCAUGCUAGAUGGCUACGAUACUACGGGAUCAGCUCUGAUGCAUGCUCUCUAUUAUCUAUCGGAGCAACCGGAGGCUCAGCAAAAGCUGCGCAUGGAAAUCUUGAACAAUUCCGAUAAGGAUAAAGGUGUCAAUUUUGAUGAACUGUGUGAUUUGCCCUACUUGGAUCAGGUUGUGUAUGAAUCCUUGCGGCUGAGCAGUUUGAUACCGCAAUAUACGAAAGUUUGCACACAUCCCACAAAUAUACAAUUGAAUGAACAAAAGCGACUGGAGGUUGAGGUGGGCAUGACCAUCAUGAUACCAAACUAUCAGUUCCAUCAUGAUCCCAAAUACUUUCCCAAUCCGGAGAUAUUUAAGCCGGAACGCUUCGAUAAUGGCGCCCAUCACGAGCUCAUCAAGCAGGGUAUUCUGCUGCCGUUCAGCGAUGGACCGCGCAUCUGCAUGGGCAUGCGUUUGGCCCAGUUGACAAUCAAAUCGGCUCUGUUGCACAUUAUCAGCAAUUACCAAGUUGUGCGGGGCAAGGACAAGAUAGAGCCGGCUGGCGAUACCGGGUUUGGUGUUGUUCUUCAAGGUGAUAUCAAUUUGGAGUAUCGCCGUUUCGUACAAUAGUGUUACUUACAAUACGUAAUUUGCUUAUCGCAUGUUUUAUAAUUUGUUAAUGAUUUACUCAAAUAUUCGCUUGUUCUCUCCCAAACUACAAGUUGCACUCUCAAUUGAUUGGGCAUAUUUGUUUUGUGAAAUUUCAGUAAGGCGAAAUAAAUUUUAAACUAGUUCCAUGUGGAAAUAAAAUAUAUCUCUAUGUUAUUUCACUUUGUAAUCACUAAUUUAUUAAGUAUGAAAAUUGAUUGGCAAUCGGUUCGUUCGACGUCUAUUGAUAAGUAAUAUCAGCUGUUAACAGUUAGCAAAUAACAGGGCGGGUUCCCAGUAAGUGGGUUUCCCUAGGUGUCAGACGGAUAGACAACAUUGCACAAUAUCAUUAGACGUAAUACAAAUACUUAAUAAAACAAUAAAGCUGGAAUAUAUGUACUUGAAA